ACAAGCGCCAUGGCGGCCGCGGGGCGGGGGGAAUAGAGUGAGAGCCGGUGGAGAAGACGGCCGCCAUCUUGGUGCUUCCCUCUCUCCCCCCACCCGCCGCCAUCGCUCGGAGGCGGUUCGGCGGCAUCUUCUGACGCUCGGGGAGGCGGGAGUUUGUAGAGAUUGGGGUUUGCGUCGGUCUGCGGGAGGCCUGAAGCUUAAAGGUCAGCCGGGUCGCGGAAGGAAGGGCCCAUGGCGUCGUCAGUCUGGAAGGGGCUGGUGGGCGUCGGACUGUUUGCCCUGGCACACGCCGCCUUCUCUGCAGCACAGCACCGAUCGUACAUGAGGCUGACAGAAAAAGAGAAUGAAACACUCCCGGCAGAUAUAGUUCUCCAAACCCUUGUAGCGUUUUUAUUGACCUGUUAUGGUAUUGUCCACGUGGCGGGAGAGUUCAAGGACAUGGAUGCGACCUCAGAACUUAAAAACAAGUAGGUUUCAUCACUCUUC